AACAUAUGUUCGGUUUUUAAACAUAACCUCUAAGAUUGCAAUUGCAACCUUUCUUUAGGUGUAGGGGUGACUUGUUACUGGGUCUCGUCGCAAUGCCUACGGUAGGAGUAAAACGCGAUGCUUUAUUUAAAGCGUUAGACAAGACAUACACUGAUGAUGAAUUUCAAAGUUUGUGUUUUGAAUAUGGCCUGGAAUUGGAUGAAGUUACGACCGAAAAGCAAAUGAUUACAAAGGAACAAGGCGAAAAUGCAGAAUCGUCCGUUGGUGCGUCUGAGGACAUAAUCUAUCGAAUCGAUGUCCCUGCGAAUCGCUAUGACUUGUUAUGUCUGGAAGGAUUGGUUCGUGGCCUUUUGGUUUUUCAAAAUAAGAUAGAGGCGCCUACUUAUAAAGCUGUUUUACCUACCAGUGGGCAACUGCAGAAACUCCAGAUAAAACCCGGUACAGCACAAAUUCGUCCGUACGCAGUCGCCGCAGUGCUACGUGAUAUACACUUCACACAAGAGUCCUAUAACAAUUUCAUAGACUUGCAAGAUAAAUUACAUCAAAAUAUUUGCCGCAAGCGAAGCCUUGUCGCUAUUGGUACUCAUGAUCUUGACACAAUCCAUGGCCCUUUUACUUAUGACGCGAAACCCCCGUCUGAAAUCAAAUUCGUGCCACUAAACCAAAAUAAAGAGUAUACAGGAGUGGAACUAAUGGAUUUGUAUUCGACACAUUCUCAACUGAAGCAGUAUUUGCCGAUUAUUAAAGACAGUGCCGUUUAUCCGGUUAUUUAUGAUAAAAAUGGUGUAGUCCUCUCAAUGCCACCAAUUAUCAAUGGACAUCAUUCUCGAAUCACUCUUGAUACAAAAAAUGUGUUCAUCGAGUGUACUGCCACUGAUUUAACGAAGGCUAUUGUCGUACUGGAUACAAUGGUGUGCAUGUUUAGUGAAUACUGUAAAGAGAAGUACUGUGUAGAAUAUUGUGAGAUUACAAAUCCAGACGGUAAAUCAGUACAGUAUCCCCAGUUAAGAUACAGGGACGAACUUGUUAGUAUUGCAAAAACUAAUAUUGCAAUUGGUGUUAGUGAAUCUGGCCAGAAUAUUGCGAACCUCCUUUCCAAAAUGUGUCUUACUUCAAAAGUUUCAUCGAAAGGUAAAAGCGUGAAAGUCACCAUUCCACCAACCCGCCACGAUGUUAUACACGCCUGUGAUAUAUACGAAGAUGUGGCUAUUGCAUACGGUUAUAACAAGAUUUCGCGCGUUUUGCCGCACACAAACACGAUCGCGCAACAAUUCCCUCUAAACAAGCUCUCCGGCUUACUUCGAACACCCAUAGCUCAAGCUGGCUUUACAGAGGCAUUAACGUUCUCGUUGUGUUCGCGUGAUGAUAUUUCUAGUAAGUUGGGUAGAAGAAUGGAAGAUAUUCCCGCGGUCCACAUUUCUAAUCCGAAGACUCUCGAGUUUCAAGUGUGCAGAACGACGCUUUUGUCUGGAUUAUUGAAAACAUUGGCGGCUAAUAAGAAAAUGCCGCUUCCGUUGAAAAUAUUUGAAAUUUCUGAUGUUGUUUUGAAGGAUACGACUGCAGAGGUAGGUGCGAGAAACGAGCGCAGAGUGUGUGCUGUUAACUGCAAUAAGACAGCCGGAUUUGAAGUAGUUCAUGGAUUGCUGGAUCACAUCAUGAUGCUCCUUGAGGUACCAUGGAAUCCUAAGCGAGGCGAUACAGGCUAUUACUUGCGAGCAACUGAUGAUCCCGCCUAUUUUCCUCAACGUUGCGCUGAGGUUAUUUGCAAUGGAAGUCCGAUAGGUAAAAUUGGAGUUUUACACCCAAAUGUUUUGUUGCAGUUUGAGUUAACAAAUCCUUGCUCAUGUUUGGAAAUUAAUAUUGAGCCAUUUGUAUAAACUUGUAAUGAAACUCUGACACUAUGA